AUGAUAGCGCAAUGGUUGUGUAGUUGUUCGACGGAGCCUAAUUCCAUUUAUAAGCUGAACAUAUGCGCGAAGUGUCACCGUGUAUCCUGCAAUUGGUGCCAGAAACCCGAACUACUGAUCAAGUACUGUCCUGGCUGUUUUAGGGUUGCGGAAUCAGAGGGCCAGCUAAGAUGUGUACACAAUUGCCUCGAAUGCCCCCGAUGCGAACUUAUUCUUUCUGUUUCAAUGGAGAAACUAGCGAGUGGGCACAAACGCUUCGAAAUGGUGUGUAAUGGAUGCAGCUGGAGGUACAAGACUCCUGAAGUUAGUACCUUAAAAACGCUCACCGGCUGCGUUGAAGAGCUGCGGAAAAAGGAAGACCCGUAUACCCAGAGGUUCAACUCGCUCCGGGAAUUCUAUGGCUUCAAGCGGGAGCUGCAGUACAUGGAAGAAGGCGGGGAAGUCAGUGAAAGCAUCGCGUCAAAAGAGCUCUUCGAUCGCCUCAAUGAAACAAAACUAUAUAAAAUGAUAAAUGAGGAGUGCCCAAUAGAAUUUAAAGACACAAAGGACUCAGGAGAUAUUGCCUUACCUCUUCCUCUUCGCCUACGUGCCAAGUUCGACUAUCGAUGUCCGUCUUGCGGGGAGUGGCUGACCAAGUCACAUCCUGACCCAAGGUCUUCAAGAUUUCUGCUAGAGUCGUUCGCUGCGCAUAUGCUCCCGAGCCUCGAGAUUGUUCACAGGUCUAAAGUCGAGCCUUCUGUCUCUGACGAAAACGCUAUGGCUUUGGUUUUUACGGCCAGCGAUCAAUCUGAUACCCCAGUUGAGAUCACAAUACUUGGCUCGGCUACAAUUCACAUUCCUGUACGUCAGUUCACAUUGGCAUAUGACGGGCCUGUCAAAUGCGAGUCUACCAUGGAAACUAUAAAGCGCCUUGUAACAAGAGUCCCAACCUACCAAUUAAACAGCAAUACUAAUAUUCUGGCCACGGAGAAGUCUAGGAGGUUAACGAGACCCGAAACCGCGCCUCACAAAAACAAUAUGAUAGAUCAAGGAAGUGGCUGGUGCAUACUGCCAAUGUAUAUACUCGAGCCAGCUAAAACUCAUAGGAUACAACUUACCAUACCCAUUAAAGGUGUAUACGUAACAUUGCAGGCGGUUCUGCAUUGA